AUGAGUCACUGCUUCUCCGUGUCAGCCCCGCGUGGCUCCCUUUCCCGCUUCCCAUUGGCUAGGCGCGGCGACGGACGCGUCGUCGAGCCAACGGGAGCUCGGGACGAGGCUCGCGGCGUCAACCAACCGGAGGGCCGGCGCCGCGCCGCGCUCGCCUCUCCGCCAAUCGGCGGCGCGGGGCGGGACGAGCGGCGCUCCGCUCGGCCAAUGGGCGGCGGGGCGUGGCGGCUGACGGCGGCGGCCAUGGCGGAGGUGCGUGGGGCGGGCGCGGGCCCCGGCGCGGCGCUGCCCGUGCCCAUGGCGCUGCCCGCGGCGCCCGGCGCGGCCCCGACGCUGCCCUCCCCGGCGGCGGGAGGCGGAGGCGGUGGCGGCCAAGGGGCGGCUCCGGGCCCGGCGGCGGCGACGGCGGCGGGGAGCGGCGGGGCGGCGCGGGAGGGCUGGCUCUUCAAGUGGACCAACUACAUCAAGGGCUACCAGCGGCGGUGGUUCGUGCUCAGCAACGGUCUGCUCAGCUACUACCGCUCCAAGGCGGAGAUGCGCCACACGUGCCGUGGCACCAUCAACCUGGCCACAGCCAACAUCACAGUGGAGGACUCGUGCAACUUCAUUAUCUCCAACGGCGGGGCGCAGACCUACCACCUGAAGGCCAGCUCUGAGGUGGAGCGGCAGCGCUGGGUCACGGCACUGGAGCUGGCCAAGGCCAAGGCUGUCAAGAUGCUGGAGGAGUCAGAUGACUCCGGCGACGAGUCGGUGUCCCAGACCGACAAGACGGAGCUGCAGAGCACGCUGCGCACGCUGUCCAGCAAGGUGGAGGACCUGAGCACCUGCAACGACCUGAUUGCCAAGCAUGGCACGGCCUUGCAGCGCUCACUCAGUGAGCUGGAGAGCCUGCGCCUGCCGGCCGACAGCACCGAGAAGAUCAAGCAGGUCAACGAACGCGCCACGCUCUUCCGCAUCACCUCGAACGCCAUGAUCAAUGCAUGCCGGGAUUUCCUGCUGCUGGCCCAGACCCACAGCAAGAAGUGGCAGAAGUCGCUGCAGCAUGAGCGGGAUCAGCGCAUCCGCCUGGAGGAGACGCUGGAGCAGCUGGCCAAGCAGCACAACCACCUGGAAAGGGCUUUCCGUGGUGCCACCGUUCUGCCCGCCAGUGCUGCUGGCAGUGGUGGCUCUGCCAAAGAUCCCUGCUGCUCUGCAAAAGGAGACCUGAGUGAUGAGGACGAUGAUAACGAGUUCUUUGAUGCCCCGGAGAUCAUCACUGUGCCGGAGAGCAUGGGCCACAAGCGCACUGGCAGCAACAUCAGCGGCACCAGCAGUGACAUCAGCCUGGAUGAGCAGUAUAAGCACCAGGUGGAGGACACCAAGAAGGAGAAGAGAACCCGCAUUCCCUACAAGCCUAACUACAGCCUCAACCUUUGGAGCAUCAUGAAGAACUGCAUUGGGAAGGAGCUGUCCAAGAUCCCCAUGCCGGUGAACUUCAACGAGCCUCUGUCCAUGCUGCAGCGUCUGACGGAGGACCUGGAGUACCACGAGCUGCUCGACCACGCGGCCAAAUGUGAGAGCUCGCUGGAGCAGCUCUGCUACGUGGCUGCCUUCACUGUCUCCUCCUACUCCACCACCGUCUUCCGCACCAGCAAACCCUUCAAUCCACUCCUGGGGGAGACUUUUGAGCUGGACCGCCUGGAGGAGAACGGUUACCGUUCCCUCUGUGAGCAGGUGAGCCACCACCCGCCAGCUGCCGCACACCACGCUGACUCCAAGCAUGGCUGGACGCUGCGCCAGGAGAUCAAGAUCACCAGCAAGUUCCGGGGGAAGUACCUCUCCAUCAUGCCUCUGGGCACCAUCCACUGCGUCUUCCAUGCGUCUGGCAACCAUUACACAUGGAAAAAAGUCACCACCACCGUGCACAACAUCAUCGUGGGAAAGCUGUGGAUCGACCAGUCGGGUGAAAUUGAAAUUGUCAACCACAAGACGGGUGAUAAGUGCAACCUCAAGUUUGUCCCCUACAGCUACUUCUCCCGGGACGUGGCUAGGAAGGUCACGGGGGAGGUGAUGGACCCUGCGGGGAAGGUGCACUUCCUCCUGCUGGGCACCUGGGACGAGAAGAUGGACUGCUACAAGGUGGCAACGGGCAGCGGGGACAACGGGGCCGAGGGCCGGCAGCGGCUGCACGAAGCAGAGGAGAGCCGUGUGCCGCUGUGGAAGAGGAACCAAUUGCCGAAGUACGCAGAGAACAUGUACUACUUCUCGGAGCUGGCACUGACGCUCAACGCGCCCGAAAGUGGCACGGCGCCCACCGACAGCCGCCGGCGCCCCGACCAGCGCCUGAUGGAGAACGGCCGCUGGGACGAGGCCAACGCCGAGAAGCAGCGCCUGGAGGAGAAGCAGCGCCUGGCCCGCAAGCGUCGCGAGGCCGAGGCUGCCCGUGCAACCGAGGACGGCACCCUGUAUGAUCCCUACAAGCCGCUGUGGUUCGAGCGCAAGAAGGACCCGGUCACCCAGGAGCUGGCGCACGUCUACCGGGGGGGUUACUGGGAGAGCAAGGAGAAGCAGGACUGGAGCGGAUGCCCGGACAUUUUCUGAACACACCGUGCUGUCGGCACCCACCCACCCACCGGGGUUGCCUUAGCCCAUAGCCACACUGACCUUGAUGCCCGGGUGGGGAGUGGGAGCCAAGCUGGCCCCCCCCCCCGACCCCGGGAGCUCCCCCCCUCUGCCCUCAUACGUGCACUCCGCCCCGGUGCCCUGGAGCAGGAGCAGCUCCCAGGGAGCGCAUCGGGGCGAGCCCGAGGCUGGCCUUGGUCUCUCCUUCCACUCCAUUAUUUUAGCCCUCUGUUGGGCAUUCGGGUUCUGUCGGGGGCGGGGGGCUAGGCUCACUCGCCCCACAAUGGUUAUGAUGUAGAGAGCUAUGGGGGGGGGGGCACCCUCUCCAUGCUCGCCCCAGUGCCCCCAGCACGGUGCCUUCCUCCUGUGGCAUUUGGGGCAGUGGGGGCACCGCAGUGGGGCAGGGACCCCUCCUUCCUUCCCCCACACCUAAACACUACAGCAGCCUGAGGAUGGUGGGGGGGGGACUCUGCGGGGCUGAGUGACCCCGUGGUGUGGGUGGGGAGGGGGGGACCUGGAGGCAGUGAGUGGGGGCAUA